ACGUCCUUUGUUGUUGAUGAAGUCAGUGGCAUUAUUAAAGAGGCCAUCGAGGGCGCGAUUGGCGGCAACGCCUACCAGCACAGCAAGGUCAACCAGUGGACGACGGGCGUGGUGGAGCAGACGCUGAGCCAGCUCACCAAGCUGGGGAAGCCCUUCAAGUACAUCGUGACCUGUGUCAUUAUGCAAAAGAAUGGUGCCGGGCUACAUACAGCAAGCUCCUGCUUCUGGGACAACUCCAGUGAUGGAACCUGCACUGUGAGAUGGGAGAAUAAGACUAUGUACUGUAUUGUCAGUGCCUUUGGACUUGCAAUAUGAUUGCCUUGCAACCAUUCAUCCUUCUCUUUUCUACUCCAGCACUUGGUGCCAUCUCUACUCAAACUGUGAAUACACUGAACUACUUCUGGUGUUAAUGUACUCUUUAAGCAACUUUUUUUCAAGUGUAGAAAUGUGAAAACAUGCUGUCACAUGGUUUAUGUUUGUACUUAGUAUCAUCCCGGUAUUACCAUACUGUCUUAACACUUCAAGAACUUUUCUUCAAGGUGCUAAUACUGAAAUCUGCUGCAGUGUAAACACUUUCUCUAUAUUUCCUUUUUAAGACCAAUAAAUGAGACACCGACUUUCACACUUUGUAAUUUUGGUUAGCAUUAAAUUAUUGAAAUUCAUAA